CAGCUGGAGGCAGCCUGACCUGUCACCUGAAGAAGAAGGAAGUGUUCCUCCCACUGGGUUUUUGUUUUUCUGCAUACUUGAGGUUGUUCUGCUGCCUCAGUGUACAGAAGCUCUUCGGGACUUACAUGAUAAAGGAGGUGUAGCAGUUUAACCUCCACACUGGGUGAUCUUUCGGAGUUUAAAAGUCAAGGUGGAGAUUUCAGCCAUUUUGGUGUGUUGUUUUGCUUCUUCAGACUGGACCGUUUCUCGCAAUUAGGUGCCAUGGUUACAUCGUGGAAGAACAGCAAAGCCACAGAGGGACCUGAUGUGACAAAAGACACGGAGAAGGUGAAAACACUGAGGCAGUUCCCUCCAUAUGGUGCCAUGAAUGGGAACUCAACAGGAGACACAUGCCCCACAUGUCGUGGCACCGGGCGAAUUCCCAGAGGCCACGAAGACCAGCUAGUUGCUGUAAUACCGUGUAAUGAUGUAAGGCUGAAACCCAGACGCACGAAGCUGUACGUCUGUGUCUCCAUGAUUGUCUGUCUCCUUCUUUGCUGUCUGUUCCUCUUCUUCCUCUUCCCGCGGAGUGUCAUCCUGACGCCUGUGUCUGUGCUGUCGGUCAUGGUUUACUUCACCCCAAAUGCAGUUGAAAUGGAGGUCACAAACCUCAUCAACAUCACCAAUGAGAACUUUGUCCCAGUUCAGAUCAUCCAGUUUAGCCUUCAGGGUCUGAUCUCGGACUCAGUUGUGGGAAAGACCAAGAUAUCUAAUAUGAGCGCCAUCCAGUCCCGCUCGCAGCAAUCAUACACUGUUAAAAUUGACCUGCCUAUCAGUGAUAAAGGCUUAAACAUUUACUGCAAGUCGAGCUCUAUCAAGAUUCACACGUUAUUUCUGGAGCUGCAAAUGACAAUGAAUAUUUCCUAUCUCGCUCACACGGAGCAGGUGUCUCUGGACACCUUUGAAUAUAUUGACUGUGGCAACAAUUCAACAGUCCCACAUCCUGUGAGAUGAUGAAAUCAAAAUGAAAAACACCAAUGUGGGAGUGUGAAAUAAUGAAUAUUCUGGCCGCACUGCACCCUUAUCUCUCUGUAUGGGAGGUGAGUUUGUGAACGAUGACUACUGUGAAAAGGCGUCUUAUCUUAUUCUGUAUGUUGUUUUAGCAUACUUUAAGACUUAAAUCAACCACUACAAUGUUAGAAUUUAAAAUAUUAAUGCUUAAACUACACGUUUGUCUUAGCAUUAAUGUUUUUUUUUGCUCUUAUUUGUUUGAGACCUGUAAAUCUGUAUUGCAGGCAGAGUGGUCUCAUAAGCACAUUGUUAUUAUAACUUUGUAUUUUUAUUUGAAGACAUGUAAAUUUCUUUAAAAUUGAACUUAUUACACAACAGUCUUGGAAAUGGGCAGGAUGCCAGAUAUUGUGUAAAUAGGAUGUUAAUCUCUGAUCAGAUCUGAUAUUCUUGUCUUUUGUCAUUUGCACUUCAUUAAACUGUGGCAUUUUACCCUC